CUGAUCGAGCCCGCUUUGAUAGGAACACAUAAUGUAUUAAAGGCAUGUACUGAACCAAAAGUUAAGAGGGUUGUGGUUGUGUCAUCUAUUGCCGCUGUUAUGUUAAACCCGAACUGGCCGAAGGGUAAUCCCAUGAAUGAAUUAUGUUGGUCCGAGAAUGAAUACUGCAAAGCAAGUGAGAAUUGGUGCUUCCUUUCCAAGACAGAAGCAGAAAGCGAAGCUUGGGAAUAUGCAAAGAAGAAAGGGCUUCAUUUGGUGACAGUUUGUCCGGCACUUAUUAUUGGGCCAAUGUUACAGUCUACAGUGAAUGCCAGUAGCUCGAUUCUUCUCAAGAUUCUGAAAGAUGGGGCUGAGACAAUGGUAAAUAAAGACCAAAGGAUUGUAGAUGUGCGUGAUGUGACUAGAGCAGUAUUGCUGGCAUAUGAGAAGUGCGAAGCGGAGGGAAGAUACAUAUGUUCCGCGUAUAUGGUCAAAACACAAGAUCUGAUUGAGAAGCUCAAGACCAUGUACCCAAAGUAUAAUUAUCCCCAAAAAAUUACUGAAGCUGAUGACCAGCCCAAGUUAAACUGUGAGAAAAUGCAGAAGUUGGGAUGGACACACCGAACACUUGAAGAAUGCCUUACUGACUCCGUUAUAUGCUAUCAAGAGAAAGGCAUCUUGGAUUGAGGUAUACACUGGUAUUGCAAUAAAAUGUAUCACUGUCGAAGGAUCAUUGUCUAACUUGAGUAGGUAUGUUUUCUCGAACAACCUCAAAAACACACUGAAAAAGCGCUAUUUGGCUAUUAUCCCACAUCUUGUAACCAUUUUAAGAUAUUUUGGCUGCUGCAUAUACCUUGUGGGUUGUCAUGUGAAAGCGCUGCCUUCAUCACCACCAUCAUCUUCUUCUUCAUCACCGCUAUUGAUUUCAUCGUUGUUA